GAACGAAUGUCAGUCAUAGUCGGUGCAGGGGUUUUUCGGGUCGAUUGACGGACACCUCUCGAUCGCGUUGUCAGUGUCGUUUGCGUGUUACCACGUGUGUUUGUUCUGCGUAGGUGCGCGUACGUUUGUACAGACUCUCACACACCCAUUGGAGUGUGCUUAGGCGAGAGGAUCCGGACGAAAAAGACGUGCGAUAUUUGCAAAAUUGUUGCGCAUUUAGCUAAAAACCAUCCGUCAGUAACAAUAAAACAAGUGAAAAACAAUAAUCAUGAAAUCCUUGCUGAUUCUCUUUGCCUGUAUUGUUUGUGCAUUAGCUCGACCUGAACCAGAGCCCCCGAGAGCACGCAUUGUCGUGCCUGCGAAGCAACAGCAAUUGCCGCAGUACGAAUAUGGCGCACCGAAACCAGAAUACGGUCCACCAGCAGAAGAAUAUGGUCCACCACCGCCCACGGUAUAUGGUCCACCGGCCCGUGAAUAUGGCCCGCCACCGAAACUGAUCACCAAGAAUGUGUACGUGCACGUUCCACCGGAGGAACCGACCGAGAUUGUCAAAAGUCCCGUACUGGAAGCUCCCAUUCCCAAAAAGCAUUACAAAAUUAUCUUCAUUAAGGCGCCGGCUCCACCAGCCCCGAUCAAGCAGGUGAUUCCACCACAGCCACAGGACGAACAUAAGACCCUCGUCUACGUGCUGGUUAAGAAACCGGAGGAUCCCGCACCAUUGGAAAUUCCAGUGCCAGAAACUACCGAGCCCAACAAACCGGAGGUGUACUUCAUCAAGUACAAGGAGGGCGAAAAGGAGCCACACAAACAGUACGGCCCACCAGCUCCUGCCUAUGGACCGCCGUCUGGGCCGGCCCGGUAUCAACAAUUCUGAGCACCUCAAAAACUAGACAAUUCCCAAGUGCUCUGGAAGUCGCAGUCGAAAGAAAAAGAUUUUCCAAGUUGUUAUUGCUUAGUAGUAGUAAUUGUUGUUGUAUGUUAAGUUUUUAAAAGUUUGCAUACGGUGCUGUUGUUUCAUCCGAUUGAAAAGACAUUCCAUCAGUCAUUGAUCCCCAUGAGCAGUCGUAAGGGUGUUGCCAUGUGAUGUACCGAAGCAUAAGGUUCCUUCUUUUUUCUUAAGCAAAGGGAUGGAACUCUUGGACAAGAAUGUGAAGGAUUCAGUGAAUGAAAUAAAUAUCCUAUCUCUCCAUAA